AUGUCUAGCCACCCUGAAUUCGUUGCCUACAUGUAUGAAAACGAUUAUAAGGAGAUUCAAAAGUUGGUGAGCUACUAUCCAAACAUUGAGACAGGAGGAAAUCUCUUUGGACUUUGGCGAAAUGAUAACACUGUCGUUAUUCAACGUUUUAUCGGACCUGGAAAGAAUUGCUCACGUACUAAAACCUCGUUCCAUCAAGAUGUUCAAUAUCUGGAAAAAAUUGGAUCUUUGAUCACUUCUAAAGAAGGUCUUUGCAAUGUUGGAGAAUGGCGCUCUCAUCAUCAGAUUGGAAUGCCCAAGCCCAGUGAAGGUGAUUGCAGAACAAUAAAGUCUAAUAUGUCACAUCUUGGUGUGGAAAGACUUAUCUUUUUUAUUGCUACCAUCGAUUUUCAUCCUGGCCUGAAUAGAACAAACGACAUUCCUCCUUUGGACAAUAUCAAAAUACGUCCAUACCUCUUCUUGAGCUCAAAACCUAGUUACAUUGAAGGAAAAAUCAAAUUUAUGUCUGGGACAAAAGAAGAUCCUCAUUCCACUAACAAGAAUAGCCGUAUAGCACGUGAAAUUGAAGCAGUUCAAUUACAGAUGUCCGGAAAUGGAUUUUUCGGAGUGUAUAGCGAUAUAGCACGUGAAAUUGAAGAGGGAAAAGAACCUCCACAACAUCGCAGAGAUAAACGGGUAAAUUCUACAAUGAGAGAUGAGCCAAAUAAUGAGAACAUUCCACCAAACUCAGGGACAGAGAAUAGAGAUCUCCACUCACGUACUUCUUACAAUCAGCAAGCUAUUGCCUCACAAGGAGCAAGGAAUCCUUCACACAAUUCAAUGACAGCAAAUAAGUUGGGGGAAGUUGUUGAUCUAUCAAAGAUAUCCAGUGAGGGAUUUUUCUGAGUACUAUUUUCAACAUAAGAAAGUGCUGUAAACAUUACCGAUUAGCAUUCAGACUAAGGAUUAUGUGAUAUUCACGGCACGGGAUAAAUUCCUGCCAUCACCUGAAUCUUUGUGCACUUAUUAAUUUAUAUGUAUGAUUGUACAUAUGUAGCCUGUUUUAAUUUUUUGUAAUUGACACGUUGUAUAGUCUGUUAGUAAAGUACUCUCAAAAUCA